UGCAAUAAGAAGGAGCGACCGAGCCUCCCGCGUGCCAUUAGUUCGCGGUGUUCGGUUCUUUGCAGAAGGGUAACCGGUUGGGAGUUAGACCAACGGUGAAAUUUGUGCAUUUGUUUUCGGUUUGUUAUUCGUGAGAGUAGCUAAGGAAAUGCACGGAGAAAACAGAAGAUGAAUCAAACCAAUUAAUUCUGGACGCCGCGAUCAGUGCGCGUUACGGCAAGUUGUGUGAUGUAUAAUUGUCUGUGAGGUUUCUCCUGCCGAAGCAGACGCAUUUUAACCUUUGCCGCGAUCAGAUGUAUACGGACAAAAAAAAAUCGCGAACAACCAAGCGCACUCUGAAGACACAUCGAACGAAAAAUAUUGCCUAAUGAUGAAUCGGUUAUAAACUAGUGUUUGUGUAUAUUAAUUUAGUCGUCUGGAUCGAAACGAGUCAAGUGCAUGAACGCUUAGUUUCGGUUAUUUUUAGCAAAAUAGACUGUGAAUCAUUAUAUUUUAAAGUGUGAACGAAGUUUAUAAUUAUUCGGCAUAGUCACAAAAAUCAUAUCUCAGCGUUCGAAUUAAAAACAAACUAACAAAGUAUGGCUAGCGUAAAGCACGCGUCACAUCAUGCGGUAGACGAUGAUCGUCAACUUGCAGCUAGAAACAAUCUGCAGCUGAUACAACCCUCGUUGGUAUCCGUAUUUGCUAAAGACAAGGAUGUUGAGCAAAUCAGUGGAUUGUGUGGAACCGUAGCGGAGCUUUCUCGACGUGCUAGUAAGAGAAGCAGUCGUAUGCAGUUGACGAUGAGUAUCUUAGCGAAUCUAACCGUGCUGUCGUCCGGAAUGGGGUUAGGGUAUUCGGCUAUUACCUUACACUCGCUGACACGGGAGAAUGAUCCUAUGCGGCUGAAUUCGGAACAGGCCUCUUGGUUCGCUUCCAUCACUGCAAUUGCCUGCCCUUUCGGAGGACUAAUUUCUGGCUACCUGUUGGAUCGGAUUGGACGCAAACGAACGCUCGCCCUGAUCAAUGUGAUGUCCAUUCUCUCGUGGGCACUGAUAGCCGUCUCCAGCAGUAGCAACUUCGAGCUGAUGUACACGCAGAUCCUGAUCGCUCGAGUCAUUAUAGGCUUGGUGAUCGGUCUAGUGAGCGCCCCCGCAUCCAUCUAUUCCGCUGAGAUUGCGACACCUCGAAUGCGUGGACGACUGACGGUGCUUACGUCCCUAGCAAUUGCCCUUGGAAUACUGAUGAUCUACAGUUUCGGAUAUUUUAUUCCGGAAAACUUUCGCCUGGUAGCCGCCAUAGCAACGGGAUGCUGCGUUGUGUUCCUGCUACUUUUAAUCCCUCUGCCCGAGUCUCCGGCGUGGUUGAUGUCCAAGGAACGCGAUCAGGAAGCGGAACGAUCGUUGAAGAAAAUUCGAGGUUUCGGGAGCUGCGGGAAGGUUGUUCCGGAGAUUGAACAUGAGUUGGCACGGCUUCGCGAUAACGUGGAAGCUCAGAAACUGGCUGGGAAGGAAAGAUUCAUCGAUAUGAUUAGACAGCCUCAGGUCUACAAGCCGCUCGGAGUGAUCAUAGGAUUUUUUGGAUUCCAACAAUUCUCCGGCAUUUUCGUGGUUGUUGUGUACGCAGCGAAGGUAUCUUCAGAAGCCAAUGUAUCAAUCGAUCCUUUUCUUUGCACUGUACUAAUCGGGGUGACACGAGUUAUUGCCACAAUAUUGGUUGCAUAUAUUUUGGAUACACUAGGUAGAAAACCGCCGUCGAUCUUCUCCGGAGUAGGAAUGACAGUUUGUAUGUUCGGUAUCGCUGCUUGCAUUUAUAAUCCACUACAUGAAAGCAUGCGGUGGGUUCCAACGUUUUUAAUUAUGGCUUACAUCUUCACCAGUACCUUGGGAUUCCUCACCAUGCCAUUCUCAAUGCUAGCGGAACUUUUUCCUCAGAAAAUUAGAGGUCCAGCUUCGGGUGUGACCGUCUUCUUCACAUACGUGAUGUCCUUCGUAAUAAUCAAAUUAUAUCCAACGAUGGUUGCAAAUAUGGGCAGUGCCAAUACGUUUAUCUUUUAUGGUGUUAUUUCCUUGAUAGGGGUCCUGUACGUAUGCUACGUAGUUCCAGAAACCAAGGGUAAAUCGCUUCAAGAGAUUGAGGAUUACUUCCGUGGUAAAUCGUCCACCAGACGAUCGAGUCAAUCGGUGUAUGACGAUAGUGCCGAAUUUUCGGCAUCAUCCGUGUGAUCAUAACUCAAGAAGAAGACGGAAUUCGCACGUACUUAAAAGGUUAAUAUGCUGCUCAAUUAAUUUAGUAAACUCAAAAGUGCCAUUGGAUGUAGUUUUAACAAGUUCCUAGAAGUUGAGCUGGUAGCAUCGUUUGAUCCCCGAAGGAAAUUUAUUUUUCGGUCACUUUGAUCACGACGCUUUCAAUUAAAAAUGGUUAGAUUUAAAUUGCCAAGCCUGAUAGGUUAUCGUUGCUGUUAAUAAGCUUAAUUAGUGCUAGCACGUUUACUGAAUCGAUUCGAAGAAGACCAAUUCAAGAUAUUGUGAAUAUAAUGUUGAAAACAUAUAGGUUAGAUUACUAAGCUUAGCAACUAAUUGUAGUAUGUUUUAGGUUUGUACAUCUACAGCUUAGUACGCUCUCAUCACUCAAAACAAUAGUAAAUACUGUGAUAGUAAUUGUAUCUACUUCAGUUUCCAUUACAUACUCAGCUUCUGACUGAAAGUCAUCAAGUCAUUUUAAGCUAAAAAUUCCACUAAAUAAAUGAUAGCGGAAUUUCCAAUUAGGCCUUUUAACGCAAUCUAAUAGAAUAUGUGAGAACAGAAAUAAAUCGUUUUUACGAUCGAUAAAAA